AUGCGCACCCUCCACGACGCGAUCCUUGUCGGGAUUGGGACGGCGCUCAACGACGACCCCCAGCUGAACAGUGAGUCUUCCGGCCCAAUUGGUUCGCCGCUGGCCCUCAUCGUGGACGUUUGCUCGCCCCACCACAUCUCCAUCGGACGGGCCCGCCGCGCCGUGAAUUCCAUGCACCUACCACACCUUUCGGUCCCCAACACUGUCCUUCCUGUCGCGCUCGCGAACCACCCCCAUACCCCGAGCAGCCCGCCAUCUCCCCGCACUCCCCACAACUUCCCGCGCAAGUAUCGCCUUCCCCGUCCCGUCAUCCUCGACACCCGCGCGCGCACUUCGCCGGACUGCAAGCUCCUCAAGAACUACCGGGCCGGAACGGGCCGGCGUCCAUGGAUCCGAAAAGCCGCGUUGGACAGGGCAGGCGCAUGCCUCGUCGAGGUCCCCGCCGACCGCGAGUCCGGGACGAUCGGCGUCCCCGUGCUGCUCGAGGCGCUCGGGAAGCUCGGAGUGCGUUCCGUCAUGGUCGAGGGCGGCGCGCGGGUCAUCCGCUCGUUCGUGCGCGCCGCGCGCGGGGGCCCCGGCGCGGUCGACGCGCUCGUCGUCACCGUCGCGCCGCGGAUCGUGGGGGACGCGGGCGUGGGCUACGGCGGCGGCCUGCGCGCGGACGACCUGCCGACGCUCGAGCCCGUGCGGACGGCGGUGUUCGGGCCUGACGCCGUGGUCGCCAUGCGCGCGCGCUGA